AUGGUCCUCAAAUUAGUCGGGAGCCCAUACUCAACCUGCACCCGUCGCGUUGCGAUGGUUCUUCAUGAGAAGAACGUCCCCUUUGAAUUCCAGUCCAUCGACUUGGCCAAACGUGAACAUAAAGCACCGGAGUUCGUAGAGAAGCAACCUUUUGGCGUCGUUCCAUAUAUUGACGACGACGGGUUCAUUCUUUACGAAAGCCGCGCAAUAUGUCACUACAUUGUAUCUAAAUACCCUAACCAGGGAACCCAAGAGCUCAUUCCAUCGGAUCUUAAAGCAAACGCUUUGUUCCAGCAAGCCGCCUCGAUUGAAUUAUCUAACUUCAAUGAUUAUGCGGAAAAGGCUGUCGUUGAGAAAGUCUUUAAACCAAUGAAAGGACUUGUUCCUAAUACAGAAUACGCUGAUGGCCUGCUCGCGACCUUAGAAACUAAGCUGGACGUGUACGAGAAGAUUCUGAGUAAACAAAAAUACCUUGCCGGAGAUUCUGUUACUCUUGCUGAUUUAUACCAUAUACCCUAUGGGGCUUUGCUUCCCAAGGCGGGGUCGGCUGGCCUUGAUGUUGAGAAGAGACCAAAUGUUGCACGAUGGUGGAGAGAUAUUACUUCUCGACCCUCCUGGCAAGCAGUGAAAGACGGAAUAAAAGUGUAG